AUGGUUUCUGUUCGUUCAUUAGAUCGUCAAAUUCAAUCAGUUCGAAUAAAUAAUAGUAAUAAUUCAUUUCAAUAUAAUUAUUCAAUGUUAUGUGCAGUUUUGAAUAAUGCUUGUCUUAUCGAUGGAAAUUAUUUAUUAUCGGAUAGAUUUCGUCAAGAUGCUUCAUAUUUAAAACGUAAAUCACAUGGAAUUUAUUUUGAUUCAGAUACAGGUGCUAAUGGUUUAUCAUCAUUUAUAUUUAGUAAACAUCAUAAAUUUAUAAAUGUAACAUCACCUGAGUCAGAUUAUGUUGAUGAAGAAGAAAUAGAAGGAGAAGAAAAAGAAGAACAUUUAGAUGUAACAACUCCAGCAACUUUAACAGAAAUUAUAUCUUAUGUUCCAAUAUUUCGUCUUCGAUAUUCAUUAAAUAUUACAACUAAUGAAAUGCGUUAUUUAUCGACGAUAUGGGAAAAUGAAGUAUUACGUUAUCUUAAUGAAAAAUAUCAAUCAAAAUUAAUUUAUUUAUCAGUAUCAAGUUCAACAGCUAUAAGUGAUACUGUUAGUAAACAAGCACGUGAUGAAGGACCAUUUAUAGCAAUAAUGCUUUUAAUAUUUUUUAUAUUUGUUUGUUUUUCUAUCAGUAUUCAAGGAAAUUUUCAUACAUCUGUUGGAUAUUUAUCUUUUUGUGGAAUAAUGAGUUUGGCUCUUUCAUCUGGUGCUACAUUUGGUUUAAUAUCAAUUUUUAGAAUUCAAAUUAUUGAACCAAUGUCACUUGUUGUUUUUGUUGUUGCUAUUAUUGAUUGCAUGCGUAUUUCAAUUCUUUGUGGUGAAUAUCAUCGAAUAAUAAAACAUCAUAUGCCAACAUCUUCAACAAAUGUUUCAACAAAAAUUGACAUCGAAAAAAUUCUUCGAUCAAUAAUAAAAUCUAGUCGUCCAUAUUUUUUAUGUUCAACAUUAAUUCAAAUAAUUGUUUAUUUAAUUCUAUCAAUAAUAUCUCCAAUGCCAUGUACAAAAUAUCUUAGUUUAACAUUAAUCUUAUAUGUAUUUAUAAAUUAUUUAACUCAUUGUACAUUUUUUUCAUCAUGUCUUAUUAUAACAUUAAAACGUAUUAAAUCUCGUCGUCAUUGUUUAUUAUGUCAUCAUAUACCAAAUGAUUAUCAUAUAAAAGAUCGUAAAAAAUCAAUAAAAAAAACAUUUUUUCAAAAACCAAUGAAAUUUUUUCAUAAAAUUAAUCCAAUAAUUAAAAUUUUUUUUGCUGGAUUUCUAUGUUUAUUAACAUUAAUAUGUAUUAUAGUAAGUAUAUGGUUAAUACUUUCAAUUGAUACACGUUUAUUUGAUGAUAAAUUUCUUCCAAGAAAUUCAUCAUCAUUAAGAUCAUAUAUGAAAUCACAAACUGAAGAUUAUGAUAUUGGUCCGGUUAUUAUGUUUGUUAUUCCUCAACCAAUUGAUUAUAAAAAUAAUAAAAGUCAAUUAUUAAUUCAUCGUAUUAUAGAACAAUGUCAAAAUGAAACAACAACUAAUAAUUUCAAAUUAUUAUGGAUAGAUCAAGAAGAUAUUAAUCAUCUUUUAACUAGUAAAGAUCCAAUUAAUUUUCGAGUAACACCAUAUUCACAAAAUGAUAUCAUUUUAUUAGAAGAAAAUAAUAAAACUAUUAUAAAAGCAUCAAGAUUCUAUUGUCAAUAUAAAUCUAUUAAAGGUAACAAAUUUUAUUUAACAAAUCGAAUGUAUAAUAUGAGAUUUUCAAAGAUGAUAUAUGAUUCUAUAAGAGGUGAUCGUGAAGAUUUAAGAACGAUGAACAAUUUGUAUACAUUAGCUCAGCAAAGUUCGAUACCAUCAAUAUUUCCUUACAGUCUUAUAUUUCCACAUUAUGAAUCAUUAGGACAAAUACGUAUGGAAAUCUAUGUAUUAAUACUUUUAAUGGUUAUAAUUACUUUUCUUAUCAUUUUUCUAAUGUUUAUUUCAUUUGAAAAAGCUCUUCUAAUAUUUUUACAUUUACUUAUUCUUCUAUCUGGAAGUUUAACAUGUCUAUAUCUUUUUCAUAAUUUUUCAUUUAAUUUUGCAAAUGCACUUUGGUUAUAUUUAACACCCAUUAUAUUUCUUGAUACAAUAAUUCAUACAACUUUUAAUGUAAAAAAAUCAAAAUGGAAAUAUAAUCGUAUUAUUUUUUCAUUAAUUAUAUCAUUAAUUAUAUUUUCUUUUUUUCCUAUUGAAACAUAUAUAUAUCAUAUAAUAGGUUAUUCAUUGAUUUAUCAAUUAAUUAUUUGUUUUAUAUUAAUUAAUAUAAUACUUCCAUCAUGGUUUUAUAUUAUUAAAACAGUAUUAAAGAAAAAAACUAAAAUAACUAAAAUACCAUCAACAAUAAUUAUUGAUACAAAUCAAUCAUUAAUUGUUGCUCCGGAAAUACAGAAUCUCGUUUAUGAACCCAAUGGUAAUAUGAAUGGUUCAAUUUGA